GUUUUAGGCCUGACGCGAAGUGUUUGACAUUUCUUUCAGGCGGGCGCCAUAGUUUAUGACGUUACAUUUUCUGCAUUCGACGGGGGAUGUAGUUUGCCUAACAAAUAUCUUUCUCUUGAUUAAACGACUGCUACUUUAAGUUUUUGGUGGCACGGUCCUGUUUUUUGGAGUAGGCUUUCUUUAGUUCUUAUAUCAAGUGAAUGGUCAAUGGCCAUGACCUCAAACUACGUUUACGGUGGUUCAGGAAUCCAAAAUAGUAAUAUGCUGUCUUAUACCUUAAAAAAUCUGUCACUGGGACCUAAUCAAGUAUCACAGGUGAAUGUCGAAGUUUAAUAAAUCGUUCUUAUUCAUUCAUGUUGUUUUGGUAGAUAAGUGAUCAAAAUACUAGCUCGUUAUCAAUGGUGCCGUCGACUGCACAAUUAACUUUUGCUCGUUCAGUUCCUGGUUCAUCUGCAGAAAGUGUCCUUCGCCAGCCUUCUAGUCGUCCCACAGGAAUACCAGAUUUUUUGACACUGAAUUCCGGAUCAGUUAGCAAUAGACCUUCUGUGCUGUCCACUGUAUCUGUUUCGAAAGCUUCUUCACUUACUCCUCAAAAUGGGCAUCCUACCAAGGCUCCUGAGAGAGUUGCUCUCACACCGAAAGCAGUUGUUCCGGCAAACCACGGUUUCGCCAACAUGUUUCGUCAUCGAAUUCCUGGCGUUCCUUCUUCACGUAUGGUAUCCAACUUGCCAGAUGGUCGUCAAGUUCCUUUGAGUUCCGACAUGUGUCCAACCUUCUGGUCCGGUCGAUUUAGUGGAACGACCACUAACAAUCUUUCGGGGGAAGGGAUCAAUAAUUCUAAUGUCAAUCAGUCGAAUUCAUCUGCAUUUGAUAAUAUGUUGGCUUCCCCCCACUCAUUUGGAAAUUAUUUACCACCGACUUUAAGACCACCUACUCAGCUUACACAGCCUUAUAUGCAAAAUUCAUCCAUUCCAUCUUUAAACUUUUGCCAGGCUGAGGCAGCAUUACCACCCGAGAUACAGCCUGACAUUCAUCUAACUGCAUACAGUGAAUCCCAUUGCGUAAUCCCUAUUACUGCUUCUCAAUAUUACUCGAGUCAUCAGUCUGAAAAUACAAAAAAAUUACAGGCUUGUGGUGGUCUCAGAACCCCUUCGUGGAUUCUCGUUCCGCCGGUUCCUGAGGACAUUGCGUCUCAUAUGAGAACGGGGAGAAUUCAUGAAUUUAAGUCGAAUUUGCUCAAUAACCGUAACUCUAGUUUCAUAACAAUUGAUGACGAUCUCAAGCGUGUACUGCGCAACAAACUUGAAGCCUGUUUAUUAACAGUUGACGAAGCAACAAAGGAAAAAUUGCCUCGCAGUCUUGGACCAUAUACUGACAUCGUUCCUCUUGAAGUUAUCGAUCAACCACGAGCAUCUGUUACAUUUGGGCUUCCUGGAGUUUGUUUUAAAGCUUGGUCUCCAAGAUUUAAUUCUCAUGUCCUCCUUAGACGCAUAGUUCUGCCACCUGAGCACGGAACAACUUUAGCCCCCGAUGCUUAUUAUUUAGCUAAACAUCUUUCAGAAUUAAAUCAUUCUUCAAUUGUUGGAUUUCGGGAUGUAUUUUUUACAGAUGCUUUCAGCGAUAAUUCGGUUAUAAUGGUCUACGAAUACAUACCGUGUUCUUCAACUUUACAACAAAUUCAUAUGAGUGACCCCUUAAAAGUAACUAGUUUUACUUCACCAUUCAAUAUUAGUCGUACAAUUUUACCUCAUAGUUCAGUAAAGAAUGCACCAACUGAUCUGGGAAUGCCUCAAGAAUCUGUUUUAUGGUCAUAUUUAGUUCAGUUAACCAGUGCCCUACGGUUUAUUCAUCAAACAGUUCGUCGGUCAUGCGGUAUACUAGAUCCUACCAAAGUGUUAUUACAAGACGGUCCACGCUUGAAAAUCAACUGCUUUGGUUUAAAGGACAUUCUGUUCUAUUCUGCACAGGAUGUUAAUUUGUUGGAAAAUCAGGCUGCUGAUUUCAUACAACUUGGGAAAUUGAUGUUAGGAGUUGCAUGUGGCACAGUUGCAGCUGUACAGGCUAGUCAACGAAUUUCUUCCUUUAAUUUAAUGCAACGAGCAUAUCGACCAGAAUUGGUAACUCUAAUCCGUAGUCUGGUAUCAGGACAAAUUACUGGAGCUGAUCAGCUAAUGCGAGCUACUGCACCAUUUGCAUUUGAUCAUUUAACAAGACUAUAUGAUCAUUCAGACUUGUUAGAAAGUCAAUUAUUAUCAGAGUUGGGAUGUGACAGACUUUUCCGACUUAUCUGCAAAUUACAGUCCAUUGUGGAGCGUUGCGAUCAGGGUAUAUCUCCAGAAUGGUCUGAGACCGGUGAUCGUUAUAUGUUAAAAUUAUUCCGUGAUUUUGUAUUUCAUCAAUCCGAUCCCCUUGGUGCUCCAUACUUAGAUCUUGCGCAUAUAAUCACUACAUUGAAUAAGGUUGAAGCUGGUUCACUUGAACGCCUGUGUCUUGUCAGUCGUGAUAGUCAAAAUGUGAUUAUAGUCACAUAUGCAGAUAUUAAACAGUGGUUAGAUACAAGUUUCUCCUAUCUCGUAGAAAAACAUCGUCAAAGUCGAUGUGAAUUACACCUUGCACAACAAAGACACGCUCCUCCUGCUCCUGCUGCUGCUCCUCCUCCUCCUCCCGCUCAACACCACCACCAUCAACAACAACAAGAACAGCAACAAGACAUCACUUCUGUGCCAACUGUUUCUGAAACCUGAUACAGUAAAUUCAAUCUUACCUAAUGUUUAAUAAUAUUGUUUAUCGACGGACCAUUCCUUCAGUCAAUCAAUCAAACAAUCAAUCAGUCAGUCUGUCAGGCAGUCACAUCGCAUAUGACUAAUGCAUUCGUGAUGUAUUUUAUUCCCUGUAUUUUGUUGUCUUCCGGUUUUGUGAAAUAAUAAUAAUAAUGAAAGGAAAUUUGCACUCCAAUAUAAAUAACACAUCAAUGAGUAGUAGUAGAUCUAUGGAUAGAAGCAGAGAUCAAUGAAAUAGUGUGCUUUCUUUUUCUUCAGGAGAUAAUAUGCCAUUCUAUUCUAUAUCAUAAACUUGUGUCUUUCUUCAACACCUAUGUAUUAUAUAGAUAUAUUGUUCCCCCCUUUUUUUCUCUCCUCUCCCUUGAUGAGGUGUUGAUGAACUCCAACUUUAUUUAUCUAUUUAUUUUGGCUUAAACUUACAUUCUGUAAAAACACUGACUACUAUCACUUUUUUAAAUGGACUUUUAAUCUCUCCCUUUUUUGUUUCUAUAAGGAAUGAUGACAGGUGUUUUCUAAUUCUUGUCUUUACUCUCCGCAUCUUCAGAUGUUUUUAAUGUAUAGUUCAUUGAAUGACUGCAUAUCAUUACUAGACUAGUAACACUAUUUUAUUUCUCUCUCUCUCUCUCUCUACCUACCUAACCACAUCCUUCUCACUAGUAAGCCGGUAGUAUUAUGACUAAUGGUUUGUCAGUCAGUCGAUUGAAUUCGAUGUAAUAAUAAUAGUAACUUGCUUGUUUAUUAUUCCCUAUUCUCUGUAUAUGACAUAUGACUGUUACCCAAUUUCGACGUGUUUGUUGUGUUUUUUCUGUCUUCUUCCAAACAUUCAAAACAGACUUGACUGUUGCCAAACUGCUUGACCCCACUCAUCAUUUAUUUCCUUCACUUAAUUCUUGUAAUUUGUUGUAGGCGUGUGCCUGUGUGCGCGUUUGUGUAUGUGUGUGUGUGCAAAUGCGUAAAUAAGUCAGUAGUAGUCGUCUCUGUUUAUUUCUUUGGUUUUCUUUUUUUUUGAAUUUUGCAUUUCUGUUUUCUUAUCAUUAUCAUUAUCAUCAAAAUCAUCGUCAUUGUUACUAUUAUUAUUAUUAUCAUUAUUUUUUACUUUUGCGAUUUCACAGAGAGAGCAUUUUAUUAUUAGUAUGUGUGUGCGUGUGUGUGUGAAUGACAACCACACCAGUCGUCAGCCGACAAGCUUUAUUUACUCCUCUCUCUCUCUCUCUGUUUAUCUUGCACACACACACACACGUGUGCGCGUGCUCUAUCUGUACUUAUCUGACGAGUGAGUAUUUAAUUUUCCUUCCUGCUGGUUAUUUUUUCUAUUGUAAAAUCUGUUUAUAUGAGUGUGGGUUAAGCAGUUCUAUACACCGAGAAAGAGAGAGAAGGGGAUAGUAUAUAUGUAAUAUUACAUAUAUUCCAGAGUAGAUUAUCCUUAAAGCAGACAAAAAGAAAAUAUAAAGUACGUGGUUUCGAUAAGUUCUUUCUCUUUUUUCAAAACUUUCCUUUGUAUCUUUCUCGCUUCUCGUGUUCUCUUCUCUUCUAAGACAUGAUGAUGUUGAUUGGAUAGUUUGGUGGGUUGUUAUUCCUAGUGUUGUUGUCGUCGUCGUUCUUCUUGUUAAUGUAUGAGUCUGAGGAUGCAUCUUUCUUUUUAAGAAAUUAAAGAAAUUGUAUAAUUGUAUCUAUUAUGAUUACAACUAUUUAAUGUUCAUUUCAAUAAAUAAAUAAAUAAAUAACUACUGUAAACCAAUAUAAAUACAAUAAAAUCCUAUGAAAAUUGU